AUGGCUCCUGUUGCUACUAGGACUGCUGAGAUUUCAACCGCUGCUCCCGGUGUGGAGUCGAAGAAGGUCGCAGGGAUAAACGCGGCUGCUGAUCCUCCUUCAGCUUAUACAAAGGACACGGCGAUCUUGCACCGGACGCCAUUCCAGCCUCCGACUGCUGUAUCGGCGGAGGGUCUCUACUUUACCCUGGCGGAUGGGACGCGUAUUAUCGAUGCUGUUGGCGGUGCGGCUGUGACGUGCAUUGGGAACGGGAAUCCAGUCGUCAAGCAGGCGAUCAAGGAUCAGGUGGAGAAGUUGUCACCGGUUCCUAACAUGGGCAGGUCUAACGAGCCUGCCGAAGAACUAGCGAAACUCUUGCUCGAAUACGCGCCAGGUGCCUUUGAGCAAGUCGCAUUCGUCGCCGGCGGGUCGGAGGCGAUGGAGGCUGUUAUCAAGCUCGCUCGUCAAUACUUCUGGGAGACGAAGCAGCCCCAACGUACAAAGUUCAUCUCUCGCCAGCUGUCCUAUCACGGGAACACGCUCGGCGCGCUGUCGCUGAGUGGUCACCCAGGCCGAAGGAAGGUCUUCGAAGGCAUAUUGAACCAUGAUUCGUUCCAUCAUGUCUCCCCUGCCUAUGCGGCGCGGUUCAAGACACCAGGCGAGACGGAUGAGGAGUACGUUGCGCGCCUAGCCAAGGAGUUGGAGGACAAGUUCCAGGAACUUGGGCCGGAUACCGUCAUUGGCUUCGUCGCCGAGACUGUGGUAGGGGCGACUACGGGAUGCGUCGCUGCGCCUAAAGGAUACUUCCCUGCCAUGAAAGCCGUUUGCGAGAAACACGGUGCCCUGUUCAUCCUGGAUGAGGUUAUGAGCGGAAUGGGCCGCAUGGGCACUACGAUGCAUGCUUGGCAGACAUACGGAGAUAAUGUCGCUCCUGAUAUUCAGGCGAUCGCUAAGGGACUUGGAGGGGGAUACGUUUCCAUCGGCGCGGUACUGAUGUCCCCCCGGGUCGCAAAAGGGAUUCGGGAGGGAAGUGGGUACUUCUUCCAUGGUCAUACCUAUCAGGCGCAUCCGACCACCGCUGCUGGAUCUCUCGCGGUCCAGAAGGUGAUCCGUGAGAACGACUUGCUAAAGAAAGCUGCCGAGGCAGGGGAGUACCUCUCCUCCCAGCUGCGUGCCACCCUCCGAUCCCCAUCAAGCAUCGUCGCUCCCUACAUCUUCGAUAUCCGCGGGGGCGGCGCCUUCUGGGGGAUCGAGUUUGAUCUCGGGGAGAAACAGACGCCUAAGCCGUUCGGCGCGCUCGUACAGGCUAAGACGAUGCAGAAGGGGUUGAUCGUCAUCGCCAUGGCCGGAUCGUUAGAUGGGGGCAAAGGGGAUUACGUGAUCCUUGCACCGCCGUACAACGUUACGAAGGAGGAGAUGGAUGAGAUUGUGAAACGGUUGAAUGAGAGCUUGGAGGAGCUCGUUAGGGAGUACCUUGUGUAACCAGGAUACUCGGAAAGACGUGUACAAAUACAAUAGAUGCGGCAGCGUUAAGACCGGGUUAACGUUAUGUACAAGCUAUGUUGAC